AUGGGGGCUGAUGGUGAAAAUGUUGCUGUAAGGAAUAUUCUAGUUGGUCUCAACUUAAUGCUUCUGGGAUCCAUUUUCAGACCUUUUGAGUGUCAUCUGGAAGUGAUGACAGAGAGAGUCAAAAGACAGGUGGUUGAUGAGGAAGCCAGCUUUGCCAACUACACGUCACCUAUGAAAGAGCAACCCAUGGUCUUCAGCCAUAUAUACAACAUUAAUGUGCCUCUGGACAGCCUCUGCUCAACAUCUCUAGAGGCUUCAUCUGACCCAGAGGUGAGUUCAGAAGACGACCGGAUGACGGAAUACACCGAGCAGACCUCAGACAGUGAGAGCCAGGUCACCUUCACCCACAGGAUAAACCUCCCCAAACAGACUUGCAAGUGUGCCGCCUCUUCCCGGGACAUACAGGAGCUGCUGAGCAGGAUUGAGAUGCUGGAGAGGGAGGUGUCCAUACUCCGAGACCAAUGCAACUCCAAUUGCUGUCAAGAAAAUGCAGCCACAGGGCAGCUGGAUUACAUCCCCCACUGCAGUGGCCAUGGCAACUUUAGCCUGGAAUCGUGUGGCUGCAUCUGCAACGAAGGCUGGGCUGGAAAGAACUGCUCAGAGCCCCUCUGCCCCAUGGGCUGCUCGAGUCGGGGUAUGUGCGUUGACGGCCAGUGCAUCUGCGACAGUGAUUACAGUGGGGAGGACUGCUCAGAGGCCCGCUGCCCAACCGACUGCAGCUCCAGAGGGCUCUGCGUGGACGGGGAAUGCAUCUGUGAAGAAGGCUUUGCUGGCGAAGACUGCAGUGAGCUGAGAUGUCCUGAGGAUUGCUCUGGGAAGGGGAAAUGCGCCAACGGGACUUGCAUCUGCCAGGAGGGCUAUGUGGGGGAAGAUUGCGGGCAGCUGAGGUGCCUCAAUGCCUGCAGCGGGCGUGGAUUCUGCCAAGAGGGCCUGUGUUCUUGCGAGGAAGGCUACCAGGGUCGAGACUGCUCAGCAGUUGCUCCACCUGAGAGUCUGCGAGUGGCUGCAAUCAGUGAUAGGUCAAUUGACCUGGAAUGGGAUGGGCCAAUGGCCGUGACCGAAUAUGUGAUUUCCUACCAGCCAGCAGUGCCUGGGGGGCUGCAACUCCAGCAGCGGGUGCCUGGGGACUGGAGCAGUGUCAUUAUCAAGGAACUGGAGCCAGGCCUGACAUACAACAUCAGCAUCUAUGCUGUUAUCAGUGAUGUGCUCAGUGCUCCGGUUGGAGUCAAGGUGACCACCGAACUCUCCACUCCACAAGGGCUGCAAUUUAAAGCAAUCACAGAGACCACCGUAGAGAUGCAAUGGGAGCCCUUCUCCUUCUUGUUUGAUGGCUGGGAGAUCAGCUUCAUCCCCAAGGACAACGAAGGGGGUGUCAUUGCACAGCUCCCUAGCAGUGUGACAACCUUCAAUCAGACAGGGUUGAAACCUGGUGAGGAAUACACAGUCAAUGUGGUGGCCCUCAAGGAACAAGCCAGGAGCCCGCCCACCUCAGCCAGUGUCUCAACCCUCAUUGAUGGGCCAACCCAGAUACUGGUGCGAGAUGUCUCAGACACAGUGGCCUUUGUUGAAUGGACUCCACCUCGGGCGAAAGUGGACUAUAUUCUGCUGAAGUAUGGCCUAGAAAAUGGAGAAGGGGGAAAGACCACCUUCCGGCUACAGCCUCCCCUGAGCCAGUACUCCAUGCAGGCCCUACGACCUGGCUCACAGUACGAAGUCUCCAUCGCUGCUGUUCGUGGUACCAAUGAGAGUGAUGCUGCAGUCACACACUUUGUAACAGAAAUUGAUGCGCCCAAGAACUUGCGUGUGCUCUCCCGGACGUCUGACAGCCUGGACCUUGAGUGGGACAACAGUGAGGCAGAAGUGAAGAACUUUAAGGUAGUGUACAGCACUCUGGCUGGUGAGCAGUACCACGAAGUUCUGGUACCACGGAAUGCAGGUCCCACCACCAGGUCUACCCUCACAGAUUUAGUACCAGGAACAGAAUACGGAGUUGGGAUUUCAGCUGUAAUGGAUGGCAAGCAAAGUGUUCCAGCUACCAUGAAUGCAAGGACUGAACUUGACAGUCCUCGUGACCUCUUAGUGACAGCUUCCACGGAAACGUCCAUCUCUGUGUCCUGGACCAAAGCUAAGGGCCCCAUUGAUCACUACCGGGUCAUUUUCAUCCCCGCUUCGGGAAUGGCAUCGGAGGUUACCGUGGCCAAGGAGAAGUCUGAACUUACACUGUCAGACCUGGAACCUGGGACUGAGUACACGAUCUCUGUCAUUGCCGAGAGAGGCCGUCAGCAGAGCCUUGAGAGCACAGUGGAUGCCUUUACAGGGUUCCGACCAAUCACGCAGCUUCACUUUUCUCACGUGACCUCCUCCAGCGUGAACAUCACUUGGAGUGACCCCUCCCCUCCAGCAGAUAAGCUGAUACUGAACUACAGCCCCAAAGACAAAGAGGAAACCAAGCAAGUGAUGCUGGACCCCACCAAGAGACAUGCUGCCUUGUCCGGCCUGCAGCCGUCCACAGAGUACAUUGUGUCCUUGGUGGCUGUGCACGGCCUUGUCAGCUCCGAGCCCAUCAUUGGCUCCAUCACAACAGGAAUUGAUCCACCAAGGAACCUGAUUGUUGACAAUGUGACUACAGAUUCUGUGACUGUGCACUGGGCCUCUCCUGUUGCAUCUUUUGACCACUACAGGAUAGCCUGCAAAUCUGCCCAAGGGCGAGUGGACAGCAUUGUUAUUGCCAGAGGUGUCACUGAAUACAUCCUCAGCCACCUGCAGCCUGCCACUGAGUAUGAGAUCACAUUGAAGAGUGUACGGGGCAGAGAAGAAAGUGAGACUGUCUCACGCGUCACAUAUACAGCCAUGGAUAACCCAGAAAGUUUGACUGCCACGAACAUCACCCCAACAGAGACCCUGCUGAAGUGGGAGCCGCCCAUGGCUGAGGUUGAGAAUUACGUCAUUGUGCUCACACAUGACACAGUUGCAGGGGAGACUAUUUUAGUAGAUGGGACCAAUCAAGAGUACCAGCUUAUCAAUCUCCUUCCGAGUACCAGCUAUGGAGUCACCAUGUAUGCCACCAAUGGCCCUGUCACCAGUAGAACCAUCCUCACCAACUUUACCACUCUUUUGGAUCCUCCAUCAAAUCUGACAGCAAGUGAAGUGACGCGGCGGAGUGCACUUCUUUCAUGGCUGCCUCCUAUGGCUGAUAUUGAGAACUACAUCAUGACAUAUCGGUCACCUGAUGGAAGCCGCAAGGAAUUGAUAGUAGAUGCAGAAGACACUUGGAUCCGCUUAGAAGGGCUUUCAGAAAACACAGAGUACACAGUGCGCCUGCAAGCAGCCCAAGACGCUGUGAGGAGUGGGUUCACCUCCACCAUCUUCACUACAGGUGGCCGUGUGUUUAUGAAUCCUCAGGACUGUGCCCAGCAUUUGAUGAAUGGUGACACGAUGAGCGGCGUUUACACCAUCUCCCUUAAUGGAGACCUCAGCCAGAGAGUGCAAGUUUACUGUGAUAUGACCACAGACGGCGGUGGAUGGAUUGUGUUCCAGAGGCGGCAGAAUGGGCUGACAGAUUUCUUUCGGAAGUGGGCAGACUAUCGUGUUGGCUUUGGAAACCUGGAGGAUGAGUUCUGGCUGGGGCUGGAUAAUAUGCAAAAGAUCACAUCCCAAGGGCGCUAUGAACUGCGGAUAGAUAUGAGAGAUGGCCAGGAAACAGCCUACGCCUAUUAUGACAAGUUCUCCAUUGGAGAUGCCAGGAGCCUGUACAAGCUCCGGAUAGGGGACUACAAUGGCACUGCAGGGGAUUCACUCACCUAUCAUCAGGGUCGUCCGUUUUCCGCCAAAGACAGAGACAACGAUGUUGCCGUUACAAACUGUGCCAUGUCAUACAAAGGGGCCUGGUGGUAUAAGAACUGCCACCGGACCAACCUCAAUGGCAAGUAUGGCGAGUCCCGACACAGCCAGGGUAUUAACUGGUACCACUGGAAAGGACAUGAGUUCUCCAUACCCUUUGUGGAAAUGAAGAUGCGACCCUACAGCCAUCACAGCCCCUUGGGGAGGAAACGGCGGUCCGUGCAACUGUGAAGUGGCGGGAGGCCCUCCGGA